AUGGAACUGGAUGGGGUCUCGAACUCGGACUGCGACCAAAACUGCAACUCUUGGCUGGAGACAGAUCUCAGAUUAGAGGCGAUGCGACGAACGAAUGGUUAUAAACCUUUUUUCAUGGGAAUGAAUUUUGAUUUUUGCAAGUAUAUGAGGAAUCCAAAAAUUCGAUCGAUGACAUAUUUAAGGGAUAUACAUGAAACAUUUAUAAAUGUUUCAAACUUGAACCAUACCUGCCCUUACAAUCAUGACAUUAUAUUGGAAAAAUUUUGGACUGGCAAUUUGGAAACGGCCUUUCUUCGACUGCUUCCCGUUCCCAAUGGAGAUUAUGCCUUGUAUUCAACGUGGUACUCCUCAAAUGUUACUCGCUUAUCAGUAAAGAUAUUCUUUAAGAUUAAAAACUGA